AUGAUAUUGUAGUGAAACCCUUAGCCUUGUUUUGUUAUCUAUUUUAUAACUAUAGUUUCACGUCAUAUAAGCAUUGUGAUGCAAUUUAUUGAUUUUAUCUGAAUAUCUGUAAAGUUGGACACUUAUUUUUGUAACAGGAAUUUUAAUUAUUUUAUUUUGAAGACACCGUCACUUAACUUCCGUUUUUUCCGCUGGCUUGUGAUGCUAACGUUAGCCGUUUCAUGCUAGGCAGGGAAACAUGCGGUUCUGUUAAAACAUAACCGCCUCAUUAAAACUUUCUGAAACCGACAGACAUGUAGCGGCGAAUUUCGACUACAGACUGUCAUUUGGUUUGUAUUUUUAAGCGUAAGUGUGUCUGUACUGUAGCUAGCUAGUUUAACGGUUACAAACAGUAACGUUACGGUGCGCGACGUCACUCACAACCACCACAGGACGAGUCCGAGUCGUCUUCUGCCCCCCACACUCUACUAGCUAGCUAAAUUUCGACGACUCCCCAAGACCAGUAAGUCAGUUGGUAUUUUAACAGGUUUCCCUACACGUAAACAGAGCUUUGACUGUGACAGAAAGUACAAGGACAGUAACGGUAUCAUUUUAGUAACGUUAACGUUACCAGAAAGAAAAUGCCAUCGAGAAAUCACCUUGACAAAAUUGGGAGGAAGAAGAAGAAGAAAUGGACAGAGGAGGCCAUGGAACGUGCUCUGAUCGAGGUGAAGUCGGGAAGGUGUACGGUGAGACGGGCUGCCAAAGAGUUUGGAGUCCCUAAGUCUUCACUGGGGGACAGAGUCAGUGGACGGGUGACACCAGGGAGUCGCAGCGGGCCAGCUCAGCUUAUAACAUCUGCAGACGAGGAGCUGUUGGUGGAGUUCUCUUUAUACAUGUCGAAGCAUGGAUUCCCACUGACGAAACAACAGCUGGUGUCCUUUGCCUCAUCCAUUUAUAAACGGCAACAUCGGAGGGUGGCAUUUUCUAAACUAGGCCAGACCUGGUGGCUCAAUUUUAGAAAAAGGCAAGAAAAGAAUAUAACUAUUCAGCCAGCAGACAAUGUUGUCCGUGGGAGGACGGUUAGUGUGAGGAAGGAAGCAGUGGAUCAGUUUUUUCAUUUACUCAGCACUGUCAUGGAAGCUCAUGGGCUCAGAGACAAGCCUCUUCAAAUCCUUAACUGCAACGAGGUGGGCUUUCAUCUGGGCAGGAAGAGGGUGAUUCUCCCUAAGUCUGCCAGUCUGGGCUGCAAGCCAACGCCAGGCUCAAGGGACCACAUCUCCAUCCUGGCUUGCUUUAGCGCAACUGGAGAGGACAUUCCCCCAUUUAUUAUCUACUCAAAGGCAUACCCAGGGGGAGUAUGUUACAAGACUCAAGGGCCUCCAAAUGCCCUCUAUGGAUGGUCAGACUCUGGCUGUAUCAACUCUGACCUUUUCAAGAAAUGGUUCCUCAAACACUUCCUCCUACACACGCCAAAGGAGCGUCCCCUGCUGCUGAUUUUCGACGGCCACAAGUCUCCCAUAAACCUUGAGGUGGUGGAAGCAGCUCGUAAGGAGGAUAUAAUCCUUCUGUGCCUUCCACCUCAUUGCUCUCACAUCCUGCAGCCACUCGACGCAGGUCUCUUCGUUCUCCUAAAGCAGCAUUUUGCAGCACUCAUAGGUGAUGGUUGUGCCACUGAUACUCACUAUGCAGUCAGCAAGAAGGAGUUCUCAGGUGUGUUUAAAGAGACAUAUCAGGUAGUGAAGGAGGAGGAGGGUGUCAGGAUUGUGAAGGAAGGCUUUAGGAAAUGUGGCAUCUACCCGCUAAACCACUUCGCCAUCAACGAGGGUCAUUUAAUGCCAUUGCACAGCAUGGGCCCUGCAGCUGGUCCCUCCUUGUCCACAUCAGCACAGGGGGUGCACACUGUAGGAGACGUCAUAGCUGCUGGACCCUCCUCCUAACUCAUAACUGCUCAAGACUAUCAGUCAGCCAUCAGUACCUUUGAGGAAAGCGACUGCAUAAUUUAACAAAACUUGACUAGUAUUGUUCACCACCUCCUCCAGCUUCCUUGCAGAGUGCUCCGUUUGUCAGCUCGCCAGAAGAAAGGGGUGUUGAUAUUAAUUACUUGUCAAUGUUGUGGUCAAAGGGUUUUUAAUGGAAAAAAAGAGAAAAAUAUAUUUUCAUAUACACAAAAUGAUGUUUUAUUUUCUCUAAGAUGUCUCUAAUUAUUGCUUUUUUGUAAAAUAUUGGACACUUUCAGGCCCCUUAAAAUCAUUACAAUGAAACAAGCGGAGACAGAAAAAACAGUGUUUGGUUGAACUGCUUCCAAAUCAUGUCCACAUUAAGGCCAUAACCUGUGACAGAGGGUUGAAAAUAUGUGUUUCUUCAUUUUAGGGGAUCACGAGCCAAAAAGAUUGAGAACUACUACUGUACAACAAAUGAACUCAAGCUCUGUCAUUUUGUCUUGUGAUUGAUGGCCAGCUAGCUAAGCAAACUAACACUAAGCAGUAUUCUAGAGACAAAGUUGUGCUUGAUUUCUAUUUUAGUGGAGUAAGUGGGAGGCUAUUCUGUGAGCUACCUUGCUAACUGUUCUGGAUUGAUCAAACAAGCGGUUUAAUAAUUCAAUGUGUAUUCAGCUCACAUAUUAAACCAUGAGAACACAUUUACCUUAUUGUUCUUAACAUAUUUAGAUAAAAAGGAAAGAUUUAAAACUAAGCCACAUCGUCAGGCGUUAUCUUGUUUGAAACUCUCCCUAAUUAAAUUUAAAAAGUACAAUGUGAAAAUGUAGAUGUUGUGGUCUGGUAAGAUGUAUUAUAGUCCAGUAACCAUGCAGAAGAUUUGCAAAAAAUAAGAUGUAGACAAUAAAACUUGUUCCUAAGUUAUUUCUUACUUGUGAUGUUCAGGCCUGCUAUGAAACAAGCUGAGAGACUGGAGGGGUAACAAUGUUUUUUAAUACUGAUAGAAGGAAAACGAUAACAUGUCUUUGAAACAGCUAACUCAAUUCAGUUGUGAAUCAUUUGCUUGAGUCUUCUGAAUGUACUUGGCAUAUUCUGUAGUUACAAAAGGAAUUUAUAUUGUGUAAAAUAAUUUGGGGAGGGGGGGAUUUUAACGUAAGUGUUCAAAUAUGUAUAUAAUAAGAAUGGACCCUGUAUGAUCUCAGGGAGAAAAUAACGCAGAAAAAAUGUAAAUUGAAAUAUAUGAAAUAAUUUUGCAUCA